UACGCGUUAAAGCAUUAGGCCUCAACAUACAUGAAUACUCUUUUUAAAUGAACUGCAUUCAAGUGAGACUGAUCACGUGUUGAUUAUUGAUGACAACAGUGUUGUUUACAUUGGAUAUAGUGGUAUACCCAGUUUUGUCCAGCUCAAUCUAGAUCUGAGACAGCUGCCGGAUUGUUUUCAACACGCAUAAGUCGUUUAUUUGUUGUCUGAUAUACGUAAUUGGAAUAUUCUUUGCGGAAGCUGUACUGGAAAUAACAUUUGUAUUUUAAAAUGGCCGGGAAAGUGGAUGCGGAUGUGGUUGUGGAUGAUGGCACAUUAAUUAAGAAAUUCGAAGACUUCCUUGAUGCUAAAGGCAAUUUUACCUCCUCGGCAGCUAAAAAGCUAGUGACAGACGUUCUCAAUACAAAGUACAAGAAAUACGAUGUCAUACAGCGCACCGACAGCAGUGUUUUCAGUAAAUUAAAAGACAAAAGAACUGGUGCUAUGCCGUUGAAUAAGGAUACGGUCAAUGCGUUUAUUCUUGGAAUUUCAACGGAAAUCGCCAAGCAGAAAAAGAACGACAAUAAACUAAAAGACGAUGAUUCAGAAGUGGAGUCCAUCAAACAAUUAAUUAGUAAAUCUACUGGACCGGUCAAACAUACUACGAAAACAUCGAAGACCGGUGGUGUUGCUAAAAUGACAGACGCGUCGCACUACACCGGAAGUCAUAAAGAAAGGUUUGACAGCGAGGGAAAAGGCAAAGGGAAAGAGGGGCGAGAAAACACUCAAAAAUACACAGGUUACGUUGGAGCAUAUAGGGAGGAAGGCACUUACGAUGCAAAAAAGAAAUAAAUACUGUCUGUUGUUGUAACAUCUAAAGAUGGGUUGCUUGUCUUCAUCCAAAAUUUACUAUUUCGGCAAGAGAUUCAUAUGUAUGUAACUAAAAUGUGUAUGCAGAAAUACCACAACAAGAUAUUAUCCCAGUUUGACAACAUAUACGCGUGCUAACAAAAUGAAAAAUCAUCUUUUAUAAAUUUUCUUUUUAACUACAGUUAGACCGUUGAUGUUAAAUUGAACAACAACACAAUUCACUAUUGUUGGACAUUACUGAUAUUUUGUCAGCGUUCAAAUUAAUACAAAUGUAGAUGAAUAUUCUGAUGACAGAAUGUAUGUAUCGUUGGUCACCAAUAACAAAUGAUCCAGAA